ACCUAUGUGACCCAGGUGGCGGCCACAGAUGCAGAUGAUCCCACGUACGGUAACAGCGCCCGCAUCGUGUACAGCAUCCUUCACGGCCAGCCAUACUUCUCUGUGGACCCCAAGACAGGAGUGAUCAGGACUGCUCUGGCCAACAUGGACCGGGAGAUAAAAGGGGAGUAUCAGGUUCUCCUCCAGGCCAAGGACAUGGGAGGUCUGCUGGGGGGGCUGGCCUCCACCACCACCAUCAACGUUACCCUUGGAGACGUCAACGACAACCCGCCUCGCUUCGCUAAGAGUAUUUUCCACCUGCGGGUGCCAGAGUCUGCGUCCAUGGGCUCGGCAGUCGGAGGGAUUCGAGCCUACGACCCGGAUGCUGGUGCCAAUGCAGAGGUGGAUUAUACCAUUGUUCCAGGAGAAGAGGGCAACAUGUUUGACAUCAUCUCUAGUGGCCAAAGUCAAGAGGGAAUUGUAGUCUUGAAAAAGACUCUUGACUAUGAAACCAAGAAGUCGUACACCUUCAAGGUGGAGGCAUCCAACGCUCAGCUGGACCCCCGUUUCCUCCACCUGGGGCCCUUCAAGGACUCUGCGACAGUGAAGGUGAGCGUCCUGGACGUGGACGAGCCCCCUGUGUUCGUCCAGCCGUCCUACUCUCUGGAGGCGUACGAGGACACGCCCCCAGGGACCAUCGUCGGCUCGGUGACGGCGCAGGACCUGGACGCCAGCAGCAGCGCCGUCAGGUAUUCCUUGGAGUGGCAGACAGAGUCCGACAGCUGUUUUGACAUUGACACUGUUGAAGGAACCAUUUCCACCAAUGACUUUCUGGACAGAGAGACAGCAGAUCAGCACAUUAUCACUGUUGUGGCAACCAAAGUCAGUAACCCCACGCUGUCCACUAAAGUCCCGGUGACAGUGGACGUACUGGACGUGAACGAGUUCCCCCCCGAGCUGGCCCCCCCCUCACAGACAUUUGUGUGUGAAGACUCCAGAGGGGGACAGGUGAUCCAGACGCUGAGCGCCCUGGACAGAGACCGCCCCCCCGUGGGACAGAGGUUCUUCUUCAAGGCCCCCAAAGAGCUGCGCAACAGGAACUUCACCGUGCGGGACUUUGGAAACAACACGGCUGGCAUCGUGACUCGACGCUCGGGCUUCCAGCGGCGGCUGCAGGAGGUUUAUGUUCUUCCUGUGGUGGUGGAGGACAGCGGGUACCCUGCCCAGAGCAGCACCUCCACCCUCACCAUCAGAGUGUGUUCCUGCGGGGCGGGGGGCUCGCUGCUCGCCUGCUCCGCCGAGGCCGUCUUCCUGCCUGCGGGUCUCAGCACCGGAGCUCUGAUGGCCGUUCUGCUGUGUGUGGCUCUGCUGAUCGUCAUUGCAGCAUUAUACAUGGGCCAGAGACGCCGCAAAGAGAAAGAGACUCUGAUGACAUCAAAAGAGGACAUCCGCGAUAAUGUUAUUCACUAUGACGACGAAGGUGGCGGCGAGGCUGACACUCACGCGUUCGACAUGGGCACUCUGCGCAACACACACUCCCAGCGCACCAGCGCUCACAGCAGCAUAUCCAAGAAGGAGAAGAACGGCUAUGGAGACGGCGUCCUGCUGCAUCUCAGCAGCCGCGUCGACAACGUACGGUCACCUGACAUUCACCGUCAGACAGCCAGUGUCAUCGCUGCCAAGAACAACAAGGCGCCGCCAACCCCUCCACGCGGUAAAGUCACUGAAGGCGAUGCUAUAAUGAUCAGGGAGUUCAUCACACAGCGGUUGGAGGAGAGUGAGCAGGGUUACGCCGCCCCGCCCUAUGAUUCGUUGGCGACAUACGCCUACGAGGGUUGCGGCUCGGUGGCUGGCUCGCUCAGCUCCAUAGAGGAGUCCUGGGUUAUUGACGAUUCGGGGGAAUUUAGCUCCCUUGGUGACUGGGGACAGCCGUUUAAAGCCCUGGCUAGCAUCAUGGGCAUGAAACCGUCUACUCUGACUGAGGAGAGCUGAGAGGGAGCUGCAUGGCAAAGACAAUUUGGGAGGGAAUUAGCUUACUUUUUCUAAUCAUAUUUUUUACUGUGACAGGCACUGGCUUUAUAGAAUAUGUUUAUGUGAAGUUGUGGACUGGUUAGCUCGAGAAUUUAGCUACAGGUGGGUGAAAAGGUAAAUGUGAUAGCUCCUCAAAGUGCCUGAGGUACUAGUUGUUUACAUGUGUUAAUUUAUGUUAAUAAAAAACCUUCUGACGUUGGGA